AUGACAUGGAGUAUACGAUCGUUUAAUAUAGUCAUAUGUGGAUUUUACCCUUCUCGUCAACAACAGGAAGAUUGGGAAGGCGUUUCUUCUAGGGUUCGAUCGAUCAAAUAUCCUUCAAGAAAUUCUGAACUCGGAUAUGUUCAUUUGACUUUGGCCGUUAAAACAAGAAUGUUGUUCUCAACAGAUGGUGCAUUGAGUAUAGAUGUUUACCAUAAAGGAGUGUUUGUUCCUAAGCCCUUCAUGUACUUCAAUCCCGAUAAGACUUUUGUCACAGAGGUAGACUUACGAAACAUGGAGUUUAAGGACUUCAUUAUCUACAUUUGUAACUUGACGAAAGGUAUAUGUCGUGAUAUGUACUAUUAUCUUCCAAAUCGGUCCAUAGUAGAUGGGUUGAGGGAGCUGAGAGAUGAAGAUGAUUAUGUGAGGUUUCUUGAUGUUGGAUAUAAAAAUAGGAGAAGAAUCAGCAUCUACAUUGAUCAUGACCAUGAGCCACUUAUGCAAUGGAUUGAAGAAGAGAUAGCCGAAGGUGGAGUGUAUGGUGAUAGUGAUCCAUGUUCUGAUAAUGUGGACUCGGUCAUGUCAGAUGAUAUAUCGGUAGACCAUGAAGUUGAUGAUGAGGUUAUAGAAAUUCGUAAAUAUGUUGAUCCUUUUUAUCUAAGAAAAAUCUUAUUCCAGAAGGAGGGAUAG